CCGAGGAAUGCACGACACCAGCACACUCUCUACCUAAUCGACGCAGCUUGAAAUCCUUAAUAUCACAACACACUACCUAUACGCUCUAAACUAUGCCUACAGACCCCCAGCCGUGCACGCCCAAAGUAGCACUACCCAGAUUCCCAGCAAGCCACUCGGCAAGUAUGCCACCCACCUCCGAAUCCAACGCGUCUUCCGCCCCACCAAAGUCCCCACGUAAAUCCCCGCACUGUAAGACAUGCGGGAGACCCCGCAAAGGACACGUUCUUCGCUCGUGCGGCGACGACACCCAGCCGAUCACCCCGACAGCCAGAUCCACCGCGAAACGCGCUACCAGAGCUGCGGCUGUAUCCACACCAUCUUCGGCGUCAUCGAGCCCACGCACACCGCUGUCAGAUGCACCAGGCAAACCGAAAGUCGCUGUGCGCACACCGACCGCGGCGGGGACACCCCUGGCGGUUCGGAAGGAGGAGUUGCUGGCGAUGGAAGAGCGCGAUAGGCGGGACAAGUCUAACCGCAGACGCGACUCACGUGCGAACGCGAUUUCUGCAACCCUUUCCUCGCUGCCCAGCAUCUCAACUGUGACUGGCGAGCUUCUGGAUCAGUUGGUGGCGGUCAAGAUACUCGAUGAGGAAGAGCCGGAAAGUCUCGCUCUUGGGGAUCUGCCUGUGGUUGAUGAGGCUGGGAAGUUGGACCAGCUGCUUCGAUGGCGGGCGGGAAGCCUCGCUGAUGACAGCGAUGCAGGGAUACAUGCCUCUCACGUUUUGCAACCGCUGUGCAACGACGCUGUCCCUGACAUCUCAUCAAAGACUCCCACCCGCAAGUCUGCUCCCCUCGCGUCUGAAGAGACACCGACGCGGCGACGGACGAUGAAGACAGGAAGAACCGCGGUGCAGUAGAACAUGAAAGUCAGACGGAAGCACAUCGUUGUCUACAUACAUCAUUCUUUAUCGUAAUCGUGUUAUAAUUGGAUCA